GGAGUACCGUGCGUCAUCAACGUGAGCCCUAAAUCCUGAGCGCACAGGCCGUGUUUCGCAUUGUGUGUAGGUAAAAAAAAAACCGGUAAGGUGCUAGCGCGAGCUGAAGUGCGAAGCUGUUGACAACCGCGGCGAGGGAGGAGGUGUGCCGGUUCCAGGGCUGUCAUGGCUCGUAACGCUGGCCAAAUCUGCUACUACUACUUGCAGGGCCACUGCCGGUUCGGUGACAAUUGCUGGAACGAACAUCCGCAGUACCAGGCUGACAGAUCCAGCUCGGGCUCUAAUAGAAGAGGAGCAUGGAGUGGACACAAUCAAAGAUACAGUAAUCCUGUCCAGACAUCCAGUUUUUCGAAAUCAUCUCACUGGCACAACAACAGAGAUUCCAGAUCCUUGGGCUUUUCACAGAAUAGAUAUGCUGCAUUGAACUCCAAUGAAAAUGUUGGAAAUAAUGGUGUUAUAGAUGAGGAAGAGAACCUUCUUGAAAUAAUAAUGAAAGACAUGGAGAUUUGGGAAUCUUCAGGACAAUGGAUGUUUUCCACAUACUCACCUGUGAAAGAAAAGCCUAAUAUUUCAGGUUUUCCAGACUUCUUGCCUGAAGAGUUACGUCUUGAAUAUUAUAACUGCAGAGCAAACAAUAAUAUACAAAGUUAUAUCAGUUCAGUCCAGCAGUUAAUAACCCAGUGGAGAAGCCGGUUGCUUGAGCUGAAGAACAUAAAUGCAUCUACCAAAACUGCAUUGAUAUCUGAAUUUAAGAAUGUGGCUGGUCAGCCACCACCUGCAUUUGGGUUUGGAGGACAACAGGCAUCAGCUUUUGGAGCAUCAGCUUUUCCUGUAGAUAACAAACCUGCUCAAGCCUUUUCUUUUAAACCAACUUCUGAAGUUGCCAGCGGCUCAUCUGGGAGCACAUUUGGGAAUCUGACGAGUGGCCAGGGUGCCACAUCUUCCUCUACGGCUUCCCAUGCAGUUGGCUUUGGGAAUCAACCAGCUUCAUCAGCAUCUUCCUUUUCAUUUAAAAAUACUGCAACUUCUGGCGGAUUUGGAGCUUCUGGAUUUUCAGGGUUUGGAAAAUCUUUUCCUGCAAGUUCCUCAGACGCUGCAUCUGCUUCCGUGUUUGGAACGACAGCUGUUACCCCUGCUUUGAAUUCAGGGUUUGGGAAAUCUUUUCUUGCAAAUUCCUCGGACACUAUGUCUGCUUCAGUGUUUGGGACUGCAGCUGUUACUCUUCCUUUGAAUUCUGGGAACACACUAUUUGGACACUCAGCAAAUGCCUUUGGGGGUAAUGCUGCAGUGACCCCUUCAGUAACCCCUCCCAGCAGUACUUCAGAAAAGUUAUUUACCCCAAAGGCCGAACUGUCUGCUGAAGAACUGAAGCAAUUUGAAGCAAAAAAAUUCGCACUAGGAAAAAUUCCUUUAAAGCCACCACCAGUAGAACUUUUAAGACUAUAAUGUGUUCUGAGGUUGUUUUUAUUACCUUUUCCCUACGUAUGUGAACACCAGAGGCAUGUGGAUGUAAUCCUUCAGAAAUAAAAUUUGUCUAUGGGUCACCA